AUGGACUACCAGGGCGAGCAGGAGAUGGAGCUGGAGGCUCUCCAAGCCAUCCUCAUGGAUGACUUACAAGAGUUGGACGACGGGGUCCCCCAGGGCUGGGACCCCCCUGGGCCGGUCUACCGCAUCCUCCUCUCCCCCAAACUAGAGGACGACGAGGUUCAAGACGAGAUCCCUGUACAAGCGGAGCUGGUCUUCGCUCACACGCCGACAUAUCCCGAAACCAGCCCCCUCCUCAGAGCUCGAGGGGUGAGUGCUCUGAGCGACGCUGAUGUGGCGAUCCUGCAGGCCACCCUGGACAAGGAGGUCAAGGCCAACCUGGGCAUGGCCAUGAUCUACACGCUGGUCAGCGUGGCGCAGGAGUGGGUCAACGAAAAGGCCCUCCAGGCAGCUGCGCCUUCGACCGAUCCAGCGCUGCUGCUCCGGAAGGAGCAGGAGGCGGAGGAGGCGAGGCGGGCUGCGCUGCGCGCCCACGGGACGCCGGUCACCCCGGAGACGUUCCUGGCCUGGCAGGAGGCCUUUGCGGCAGAGCGGGCGCUGUCGUCCACGGCCAUCACGGAGGGGGUGCACGCCGGCGCCGCCCAGCGUCUGUCCGGCAAGAAGUACUUCCAGAUGCAGGAGUCCAAGCACCUGCAGGUCGAGGAGGAGCCUUCUGGGUCGGAUGAGGAGGGCUGGGACGUGCCGCUGGAGCGCCAGGGUGGUGCCGGCGACGAGGACGUCGACUUUGACGAGGAGGAGAGCAGCGACGACGAACUGCUCCUGGAGGAGCUCGCGGCUGGGAGGGGUGUGCAAUGA